CUUUUCGAGACAGGGCUGCUGUAGGAAACAAUAUUUCCAGUUGUGACAUAUUACGGCACCUAUCUCAAGAGCGUCCGGGCAUGAGAGGUUCUUUCAGGGCUUGUACGUUUUGUCGUCGUCGCAAAGUGUCCUGCAAUUGGCAGUUGUCGACGGACAGCACGUAUAACAAGUACCUGGGUAAGCGACAGACCUGACAGCGAGCAUGUUACUCCUUAGUUAUCUGUUAAAAUCUCAUUAAGAAUAUCUGAACUUUACUACCUAUGAUUAAGAAUCUGAUAAUUUCAAGCAGGCCAGGCUUUACCGAGUACGAAAGAAUUAAUGUCUUAAACCAUGUCAGUUGAGGUGCGUCAGUUCUAAACUUAGAAUGAGAACGCUCACGAGUUUCUGGUUGUUGGUCGUUAUAUUCUUCACGACUUCGUGUCCGACAUCUGUACCCCGCGGUCUCCAUGUGGAAGGACGUUCGCUUCGCACUCGGUAUCCGGGGCCGACUCCGGAGAGUGAACGUCUCAAUGCGCUGGGCGGCAUACUCAAGCGGCACGUCGCUAAGCUGCGAAGUGCCCCGAGGGCGGAGCUUGUGUUCCUCGUCGACAGUUCGGCGUCCGUGGGCGCCGACAACUUCGUCAACGAGCUGCGCUUCGUGAGAAAGCUGCUGGCCGACUUCACGGUGUCUCGCGACAGGACUCGCGUGGCCCUGGUGACUUUCAGCUCGAAGAAGAAGGUGGUCCGCGAGUUGGACCACAUCACGGUGCCGUCGUUCGAGAACCACAAGUGCGCCCUGCACAACAGGCAGCUGGCAGGAGUGAAGUACUCUGGUGGUGGAACCUUCACACUGGGAGCCAUGAAGGAGGCCAUGGACAUCCUCAAGUUUGCUCGCGAAGACGCGGCCAAAGCAGUGUUCCUGGUUACGGACGGUUACUCGAACGGAGGAGAUCCUCGGCCUUGCGCGAAGAUGCUGCGCGACAGUGACGUCACCAUCUACACGUUCGGAAUACGCAAUGGCAACGUGCGGGAGCUCCAGGACAUGGCCUCGACUCCGUACGACGAGCACUGCUACAUACUAGACAGCUUCGAAGAGUUCGAGGCACUCGCUCGAAGGGCACUUCACGAAGAUAUGCACGUGGGCCCGCACCAGCUGGUGAACGCAACAGAGUGCGCGGGACUGUGUCCGGAAGGCCACCACUGCUGCGACCACGAGGAGCUCUGUACGUGCGGUGUAUCGUCGGGACAGUACGCCUGCCUCUGUCCUAAGGGUCACUACGGAUCGGGACUCAGGGGAGAGUGCCACCCGUGUCCCCGGGGCACCUACCAACCCGUGGAAGCAAGCGGAGACGCGAGCAUCUGCGUUCCGUGCCCGCACGCUCACCAGAACUCCUCUCCGGGCAGCACCAGUGUGGCCCAGUGCCACUGCAAGAGGGGCUACAGCACCGAGGGCGGCACCUGCAAGGUGGUCCGAUGCGACCCGCUGAGUCCUCCGGCCAACGGGUACAUGGUGAACGCGGACUGCGAGGUGGUGUUCAAUGCUGCCUGCGGGUUUCGCUGCAACCCUGGCUACCGCCUCAUCGGCAACAGCAUACGCGUCUGUCAGCAUGAUGGCAACUGGUCAGGCAGUGACCCUGUUUGUGAGAAGAAAAAAUGUUCUCCUCUGGAAUCGCCCCUCCGAGGAUCCAUGAGCUGCUCCAGCGACUCAUUCGACUUUGACACAACGUGCGAGUUUGAAUGCCAGAGGGGAUACGCUCUCAUCGGCUCCCGCAAACGGACCUGCCUCUCAAUUGCCCUCUGGGAUGGCCUGCCUGCGCUCUGCAGACCCGUCACCUGCCCACCCUUGGUGCCACCAGCCAACGGGGCCUUGAGCCCACCCCACUGCAGCGAGACAAAGUCAUCGUACGGAGAGGACUGCUCUGUCUCAUGUGACCACGGAUACCGUGUUUCGGGCCCCGACAUUCGCCACUGCCUCAGCACGGGAACGUGGAGUGAGCCCGAUGAUGUGACGAUCUGUGCCAGCACUGAGCCUCCUGUUAUCAGAAACUGUCCAGGCAACAUUAUGGUCAACUCAGAACCAGGUUACGGAGAAGCAUUCGUCGACUGGGAAAUGCUCGAGGCUGUGGACAAGGCCGGAGCCUCACUCUUCCUCAACGUGGCUCCAUCCGUGAUGCCACCACACUUGUUCCCCAUAGGAGAACACGAAGUGUCGUACUGGGCCGAGGACAAGUGGGGAAACAAGGCUUUCUGCAACUUCACCGUGACGGUAGCAGAUGUGGAGCCACCUUUUGUUGAAAACUGCUCCGACCCACCUGUAGCGUUUUCUAAUGGGCAGUCAUCCGUACACGUCUCAUGGGAGGAGCCGGAAUUCUCAGACAACUCGGAGGAAGAUGUGAAGCUGUGGCAAUCCCACAGCCCAGGAUUGGCGUUCCUUGUGGGCGAGACGAUAGUGACAUACGUAGCAACUGACACCUCUGGAAACAACGCUUCUUGUGUCAUCAAAGUCACUGUGAGAGAGAAUCGAUGUAGCCAACGACCUCAUCCAGCCAAUGGGAAUGCCAAUUGCCAAAGCACCACUUCUGGUGUCACUUGCACCAUUUCUUGCCUGGAUGGUUAUAAACUUGAACCUGACAGCCCCAGUGAAUUUUCAUGCACUUUUGAGGAUGGAUGGGCUCCUUAUCAACUGCAAUUUUUCCCUGACUGUUCUGAGUCUGUUCCAUCUGCAUCAGCUGCGGUAAAUGCGAGGAUGCUGUACUCGGCACCAUUUGGUUUAGAGUGCGAUGAAACAGUGCGAACGAAUAUGCAUGAUCACAUUGAGAUGAAGUUGGCAUCACAGGCAUCCAUGUGUGCCGAAGGUGUGAGCUGUGCCGUUGAAGACCUACACGUCGAUUGCUCCAAAGAUGGCACUACAUCAAGUGGUCACCGAGUCAAACGCUCUAAAGAGAUGGAACUUGAUGUCUAUUUUCGUGUCACAGGCUCGCACAACGAAACAGCCUCCUCAUCUGACAAACACCUCCUCUCUGCGAUGAAAGCCUUUCUGGAGAGAUUAAAGGAGGCUGUGCUUCGGAAGGAGCUGGAUGUGACGUUGGAAGAAGGUGACCUGACUGCAAUGGUACUCGAAGAGUCGGAAGACGACGGCCAUCUGGUUUGUCCUACAGGAAGUGUUCCGUCACUGUCAUACUGUGUGAAAUGCCCCAUGGGAACAUACUACGAAUCGUACAACCAGACUCAAGCUAAAUGCCGACCCUGUCCUAAGGGCUCAUUCCAGCCAAACGAAGGACAGGAAAUGUGCAUCCACUGCCCCAACCGCACUUUUACGGCCACUGUGAAGUCCAAGAGCGAACGCGACUGCAAAGAGCAGUGCAGGCCGGGAACUUUCUCGGGGACGGGGUUAAGACCGUGCAAACGUUGCCGCAAGUCCCACUACCAGCCCGAUUACGGAACGGCAAGCUAUAUGCCGUGCCCAAGCGGGACGCGGUCCAAACGCCGAGGCUCCGUAAGCGUAAGCGAAUGUGAAGCGCUUUGUUCUCCUGGUUUCGUGUCCAAGUCCGGCAUCGUGCCUUGUUUCGAGUGUCCGAAUGGGUACUACCAGCCUAAGCAGGGACAGAAGGCGUGCCGCAGGUGUUCCAACGACACCAGGGAUGAUGUGAUAACCCCAGACAAGGCGGUCUCGGGACACUGCAAUGGAUCUGUUUCAUCAUCUGAGAGGAUGGAUCUGCGAGACUUCGUCGAAGCCAAUUCUUGCCUUUCUCAGCCAUGUUCAGAUGGAGCGACAUGCAUUGUAGUGCCUGCUGGUUUCCUGUGCAUGUGCCAGCCUCCAUUUGCAGGUCCACGAUGCGAACACAGAAGAAACCAAUGCGCUAGGAAUCCGUGCCGGUUUGGAGCGAAAUGCACAGAAGAACCGAAUGGCUUCAGCUGUCAUUGCCCAGCUGGCCGAACAGGCACUGACUGCUCUGAAGACAUCAAUGAAUGUACCUUGACUCCUUGCCAAAACAAUGGCACUUGUUCCAACACACUCGGCAGCUUUAGCUGCAACUGCAAGCAAGGGUUUGGAGGUCAAACCUGUUCUGAGGAUGAGGACGAAUGUCUGAGCGCACCGUGUUUGAAUGGAGGCACAUGUGUGGAUCGGCCUGGAAACUUCAGCUGUAUCUGCCCCGCGCUGUUUGGAGGACGCUGGUGUGAGGAAGAACUGGAUGCUUGCACGAGUGGGCCCUGCCUCAACGGUGCAAAAUGCGUGAACCUGGGAUCCCACUAUCGAUGCGUGUGCUCACCCGGCUAUGAUGGCGAGCACUGUGAUAUCGACAUUGAUGAGUGCUCCACAGCACCUUGCAACGUGGGCUCAACAUGCCUAGACCUCGUGGGCAGGUUCGAGUGCUCCUGCCCACCUGGACUCACCGGAAGAUUGUGCGAGUCAGAAGCUGACCCUCAUUUCAAGCUUUACUUUUCCGGCACGAAUGUGUUUGACAGGGCAUCCAUCGAGUCACUGAGGAAACCCAUGACUGAACUGACAGCUUGUAUGUGGUUGAAAACAACGGACAGAUACAACUAUGGAACGCCGUUCUCCUAUGCAACGGAUAGUGUCGACAACAUGCUGACUUUCACAGACUACAGUGGUUUCGUGUUGUAUGUCAACGGACGCCGCAUUAUCACGGACGUCACGGCAAACGACGGCUACUGGCACCAUGUGUGCUUCAGCUGGUCUUCCGCUGAAGGCCUGUGGAGCAUUCUCAAAGAUGGCAGGCUGGCAGAGAGUGGCACCGGGCUUGCUACCGGCACACAGAUACCAGCUAACGGAACCCUCGUCCUGGGCCAGGAACAAGACAGGCGAGGAGGAAGCUUCUCCAUCUCUGAGUCCUACUCUGGCGAGAUGACGCAUGUGAACGUGUGGAGCACCGUGCUAGGUGUUGAAGAGGUGGCCCCGCUACUCACGCGGUGUGAGUUCUACUUCGGUGAUGUGGUCGCGUGGACUGACUUCCGGGAGCGUCUUAGCGGGCACAUCUUGGCAGCCAGCUGGGGAUUUUGCCAAGGGUGUCCACCACCACCGGCGCCCAUCCACGGAGUUGCCAGCUUCUCAACAACCAAUACUGCAUCUGUGGCCACAUACAGCUGCGACCAAGGGCACACUGUUAUGCGGGCCACAACCCGUAGGUGUCUUGCUUCGGGGGAGUGGUCGCAUCCAAUACCAGUUUGUAUCGGUGUAUUGUGUGGAAUUCCUGCGGAGCCAGCAAAUGGCAGCGUCCGGGGAUCUGUGUUUCGGUACUCGGCCAAGGUCACGUAUGUCUGUAGGAGAGGCUACCGAAUCCUCGGUUCUGGUGAAAGGCGCUGCCAGGAGGAUGGACGCUGGAGUGGGGAAGAACCGCAGUGCGAGAGCAUCACAUGCGAGGCCCAUCCGCAGGUCACUAAUGGUGUGCUGGCUCCCUCCAACGAGAGCCUGUUUCAGCCGGGCUCCAAACUACAAGUAAUCUGCGAUAAGGGAUACGAAUUUAUCGAGGGGGAACUUGUGUGCACGGAACGUGGGGAGUGGAGUCCUCCCAUUGCCAUCUGCCAGCCGGUCAGCUGCCAGGAACCGCUGACGGUAGCCAAUGGUGUCGCCGGACUCGUUUCGGAAGUGGACGGCGCACGCGUCGUCGUGAUGGUCACCUACUCUUGCCACGAUGGGUUUGAACUCAAAGGAUCAGAGAACUUGACCUGUGAUGUAAAAGUGGGAAUGUGGUCGCACAACCCACCAACAUGCGAGCGUGUGUCGUGCGGGCAGCCCGUGAACCUGUCGGCAGGAGUAUUGUGUGAAGUUGGUGACAGGCACUUCUUUGGAGACGUCGUGAGCUGUCGCUGCAAUCUCGGCUAUGAGAUUUCCGGUCACAUGGAGAUGGUCUGCCUGGCAAACAAAACAUGGUCUUUGCUGGAAGCAACAUGUGCACCUGUGAAGUGUCCAAAGCCCGUCGAUCCACAACAUGGCGAAGUAGUUGCCACAAACUUGGAGUUUGGAGCAAUGGCGACUUACCUGUGCCACCCUAAUUACACAUUACUGGGAAGCCGCUGGAGAAGAUGCAGCUAUGAUGGAUCAUGGAGCGAUCACGAGCCAAUGUGCAUUCCUCUCGAAUGCCCUCCUCAUCCACCUGUCGCUAACGGGAGGGCCGCUGUAUCCGGCCGGACACUGGGCAGCACCGUCUCGAUCACUUGCUCCCACGGCUUCGAACUGCGUGGUGCCUCUACACGCAUAUGCCACACCACUGCCCAGUGGUCACCUCCCAAGACUCCUUUGUGCGAGCCUUCGGGCUGCUCCGAGCCUAUUGUUGGGCCAAACGCUGUGCUCUCAUACACGGACAUUGCUCUGGGCAGCUCAGCACACUUCUCGUGCACAGACGGCUACGUCCUGGCAGGCAGCGAGGUGGCUGUAUGCGGCUGGGCCGGACUGUGGACCCCGCCGAUUCCUGACUGCAAACCGGUAGACUGUGGACCACCACCCCCGCUAGAACAGGGACAAGCAGUGGAGACAGAGAGCACGAAGUUCCAAGGUGUGGCCAAGUAUGCCUGCCGACAGGGUUUUCGCAUCUUGGGCUCCGGCCAAAGAACAUGCUCAGCAAACGGAACUUGGAAUGGUGACGUCAGGUGUGAUGUCGUAUCAUGUCCCAAGCCUGAGGACGUGCCCCACGGUACUGCUGCCUACCCAAGCACCACCUUUGGUUCUACUGUUGAGUACCAGUGCGAUCCCUGGUUCGAGUUGCAUGGAGUCCAACAGAGGACAUGCCUGGCUGAUGGAAAGUGGUCGGACUCGGUUCCGCGAUGCCUGCCUACGCCGUGCACAGUGCCGAGACCAAUCAAGCAUGGACGGGUCCACACAACGCCAUCCUUCAGCCUGUUCUCUUGCGAAUGGGGUUUCAGACUCGUCGGGCUCAAAGCUCUUCGGUGCCGCGCUGAUGGAACCUGGAGUGGUGAGCUUCCUGAAUGUGUUCCCAUGAACUGUUCGCUACAAGGACAAGUGGCGAAUGGCAGGCUAGUCCAGGACGACGCAACGGGAGAGACUGUUCGCGCAUCCUGCGACCCGCGUUACCGACUGCAGGGUGUCAACCGCUGGACAUGCCUGGCCAAUGGGUCAUGGAUGGUGCCGGGGGAAACAACGUGUCUGCUUGCAGAGUGCCCACCCCCUGAUCCUCCCAUCAAUGGAGUAGUUUCGGGAACAGAUUUCAACAUAUCGAGCGUUGUCUUCUACCACUGCAAUCCGGGCUACACCCUGGAGGGUCUGCAGCAACGGACCUGCCUGGACACUGGGCAGUGGGAACGCAAUGUGCCCAUUUGCAAGCUGGUGGAAGGAUGUGGCACGGCAGCACACCCAUGUCCUAACUCCUCCUGUCCGGAACCUCAACAGCCCCUGAACGGACGCGUCACCUACGAUCGACUCACGGUGGGAGGCACAUCCAGUUACACCUGCCAGCCCGGGUACCGCCUGUCGGGGCCGCCCUCCAGGCUGUGCAGCCGUGACGGACGCUGGGAAGGCAGGGAGCCCUCGUGCCGAGCCAGACGGUGCCCCCCUAUGCAGGCCACACCUGAGCAUGCCCGCGUUGACUACACGGGAUUCACUCAGGGCCACAAUGCCACCUACUCCUGCGACACGGGCUACUCGGCCCGGGGACCCUCGAGAUCUGUCUGCCAGUCGGAUGGAUCGUGGAAGCGGGAGGGAAUCUUUCAGUGCCUUCAAGACCACUGCCCGCCCCUCCAAAGCCCAGUCCAGGGAAGGCUAAUCCUAGAGGGUGCCUGGUUGGGAGCCAAGGCUCAUUACGAAUGUGACGCUGGUCACACUAUGCUGGGCGGUGCCUCUCGCGUCUGUGGUCCUGACGGCACAUGGAGCGGAAAGGAGGCCUCCUGUGUCCCUCCUUGAAGUCAAGUCUCUGUUCUUAGCAAAGAACUAUGUGCAAAAAAGGACAAAAACUUAACAUAUAGAAGAACAAUGUGGCACGUGUUUUAGUACUAGUCUUGGAGAAAUCUAGAAAUGUUCUAGUGAAAGCUAGUGUUGUUUGACCAGCUGAAAGGCCAGUGCACUGUUCCAUGUGCUGGGUGAAAGAUAUAUGUACACUGUGAUCAAACACAGAAACGGCACAUGCAGCUGCAGGCUUGUGCAGACAC